AUGGCGCUCGCCUUCCCGUCGCUCAUCUCGACCGUCGCUCCGCUGCCAUCGUCCCUUUGGAGCGCCAACCUCUCCGCGCCGUAUCCGACGAACGCGCCGUGGCAGAACUUCGUGCUGGGCGACGGCGGCAGUCCCGAGGUCGUGCCGCCCUACGCCGUCAAAAGCAGCGAGGGGCGCAUCGCGUGGGGCGCGCCGCCGAGAGACGCGCAGCCGGGGUUCAUCAUCCAGGCGUUCAUGGCGACGCUUAUGCUCUCCACGCUCGAGGGCCUCUCCACCCACCAGGUCACCUCCUACGACGACACCUCCGUCACUCUCGCCUACUCCCCCUCCUCUUCCCCUUCCUCCACUUCCUCCCCCUCCUCCUCCUCCCCAUCUUCCGCGCCUGUGCUGACGGUGCCGCUGGUGCGGGGCAGUCCGUACAUCACGUUCCUGUUCGCCUCACCGGGAGCCACGCCUGUGCUUGAUACAGACGAUGCCAUCACGGAGGUGCAGUCCACGGCUGACGGCACCAAGCACCGACUCACCUUCAACAACGCACAGACGUGGGUGCUGUACGCGUCAGCGCCGCUCACCUUCUCGCUCCACAACAGCACGCUCACCGCCACGUCACCCUUCACCGGCACGCUGCGCGCCGCGAUGCUUCCUGGAAACUCCCCGGCGGAGGAGGAGGCGGUGCUGGACGCGUAUGCAGGCGCCGUGGUGGUGGGCGGCGAUGUGCAGGUGCAGCCGUGGCGGGUCAAGUACGCUUGGAGGGUGGCGCCGUGGGGCAGUGAGAGUGCUGUUGGUGCUGCCGCUGCUGCCACGGAUGGGACUGCUGUGCCGCUCAUGCUCGCCCUUCCCAUUCAUCGGCGCAUGCACCUCAAGGCCUACUCCCCCGCCUCCUCCACACCUCCUCCUGGUGUCAACUUCCCGCCCGUCACCCCCACGCCUCCCCCUGUCACCUCUCCCCCUUCUUCUGCCCCUGCCUCUGCACCAGCUUCCGCCCCUGCCUCUGCCCCUUCUUCUGCCCCUGCCUCUGCCCCUUCUUCCGCCCCUGCCUCUGCCCCUGCCUCUGCCCCCGCCUCUUCCCCCGCCCCUGCCUCUAUUCCUCCACCCUGCACUCCCACCCUCCCCCUCAUCACCCCCUCCCUCCUCGCCUCCUCCUUCCUCGCCGCCUCAUCUGGCGGAGCAGCAGACUCAUCAUCAUUAUCAUCAUUUACAGCAGAAACCAUCACACCAUCCGCAGGUCAAACCGCCCCAUCGCUGCUACAGCCCCCAUCAGCAACAGCAGCAGCAACACCCAACCCCCACGUGCUCGUCUACCCCACACUAGACGGGCCAGCAGUGGGGGUAGCAGGCAGCAGGUGGGAGGUCAAGGUGCCUCCUCUGCAUGCCUCCUGGCACUCCCCCCGCCUCUCCUCCGACCCCUCCCUCCGCCUCUCCCUCCGCCUCGCACUACAGACAGACGUCGCCGCCCUCACCCCCAUCACCACCACCUCCACCUACUUCUUCGGGAAAACCGCCGCCCGCGCCGCCCGGUUGGCUCUAAUCGCGGAGCAACUAGGCGAAACAGAAGCCGCAGGGACGGCGGUAGCAGUGGUGCGAGACGCCCUAACCGCAUGGUUCAACGGGUCGUUCGCGGGAAACUCGCUCCUGUACGACCCGGCGUGGGGCGGCAUUGUGAGCUCCAGCGGCGCGGCAGACUCGGGGGCGGAUUUCGGCAUGGGGUGCUACAACGACCACCACUUCCACUUCGGCUACUGGCUGUACGCCGCUGCUGUAGUGGCUAAAGCGGACCCUGCAUGGGCCAUGACCCACCGGCACUCUGUGCUCAACCUUGUGGCUGAUAUUAUGUCUCCGCGGGCCACUGCGGCGUUUCCAAGGCUGCGGCACUUCGAUUUGUACGCGCUGCACUCGUGGGCGAGCGGGCUGUUUGAGUUUGGCGACGGGAGGAAUCAGGAGAGUUUCAGUGAGGCGGUGAAUGGGUACUAUGCGGUGGCGCUGCUGGGCCAUGCGUUUGGGGACCUGCACAUGGCGAAUCUGGGCGCCACGCUGGCUGCUGUGGAGGCUGUGGCUGCACAGACGCUCAUCCAGGUGCCUGAGAGUGCUGAUGGCGGCGCUGGCAGUGGUGGUGGUGGUGGUGCAGCCCUGGCAGCAGCAGCCACGUCCACCUCCCCCAGCUACGACCCAAUCUUCGCCGCCCCAAACCGCCUCAUCGGCAUGGUGUGGGCCGCAAAGCGCGACGCGGGGCUGUGGUUCGCAGCAGCGGAGCAAACGGACAAGCGCGUGGGGAUCCAGGUGCUCCCAGUCACACCCUUCCUCGCCCGCCUCUUCCCAGACCCCGCUUUCAAUCGCCAGGUGGUGCAGUGGGUGCUGCCUGUGCUGCAGGGGGAUGGCACCACGGAUGAGUGGCGGGGGUUUGCAUGGGCGCUGCAGGCCACGUAUGAUCCGGCUGCGGCGAGGGAGAAUAUCGAGAAGCUGACAGCGUUCGAUGAUGGGAAUAGCAAGACGAACAUGCUCUGGUGGCUCGCUGCCAAUACUCCUUAG